AUGAAUCCAGCUUUCACAAAUAUUGCAAUCAUGCUUAUUGGUAUGCAAGUUGCUAAAAAAUUAGAUUUCGAAAAUCCAGAUGUAUUAUUUUAUACAAGAGCAUUUUAUAUAUCAUGUCAAGUUUUAACUUUUUUAAUUUACUUUAUUGUAAGAUUUAAAAUUAAUGCUAAAAAUGAUUUAACAACUAUAAAAUAUGUUGAACCACCAAAUCCAAUGUCUGGACAAACUGAACCAAGAGCUGUUGUCACUACUGUAAAAGAAUAUGAUUUACAACAAGUUAAUUCUCAAAUUAAAGGUAUUUUCACUGGAUUAGCAAUGAUGGGGUUUAUGCAUGUUUAUAUGAAAUAUACAAAUCCUUUAAUUAUGCAAAGUGUUUCUGGUUUAAAAUCAGCUUUAGAAUCAAAUAUUGUUAAAAUUCAUUUAUAUGGUACUCCAGCUACUGGUGAUUUAAAAAGACCAUUUAAAGCUGCUCCUGGAUUUUUAGAAGCUUUAACUGGUGGUGCUGGUGUUCAAACUGAUAAAGCUUCAGUUGAAAAUGCUGAAGUUAGUGGUUCAGGUGGUAUUAAACAAGAUUAA